AUGGGGCAGUUAGCAGCAAACCAAAAUACUAGACCUGCAGGCGCUCUCCCCAGCGAUACAGAGAAGAAGCCUCAAGUUAAUGCAGUUACACUCAGAAAUGGGAGGGAACUAGAAGAAGUGCCAGAGAAGAGAAAGGACAAGCCUAUACCUGAGGGGGAAUUGAUUCCUAAAGCAACACACGAGUCAAAGAAAGAUGAAGCAAGUUCAGAACCAAUGGAGACUGCAAGGCCACCACCACCUUUCCCUCAGAGAUUGCAGAAAAAGAAUGAUGAUCGUAUGUUCAGCAAAUAUCUCUCUAUGUUGAGCCAGGUUCAACUGAAUAUUCCAUUGGUGGAUGUACUUCGUGAAAUACCAAAGUAUGCUAAAUACAUAAAAGACAUUGUGGCUCACAAGAGGAGAUUGACUGAAUUCGAGACAGUUGAACUUACUGAGGAGUGCACUUCAAGUGUCCAAACCAAGCUUCGUCAAAAGCUUAAGGAUCCUGGCAGCUUUACCAUCCCUUUACGAAUUGGUAAUAUUGAUCAAUUGGUUCUGGGAGCUCCAAGACCAACUAAUGUGAUGUUGCAACUGGCUGAUAGGUCCAUAGCACACCCUGAGGGAGUGAUUGAAGAUGUGUCGCUGCAAAUUGGGAAAAUUAUCUUCCCUGUGGACUUCAUUAUCCUAGAUUAUGAGGCUGAUGAACCGGUUCCAAUCAUAUUGGACGACCUCUCUUGGCUACUGGUGAUGCAAUUAUUAAAGUGA